CCCUGACCCAUCUUUUCUUCUCUGCAGAUCGGGCAGUGUGAACAACCACUGGAUGGAUUUCUAUGUCUUUUUUGAAGAUCUAGUGAAUAAGUUUAAGAACCCAAAGCUGCGGAUGUCCUUCAUCUUGUAUUCCACUGAAGGCACCACCUUCAUGCCUCUCACCUCAGACAGGAAAAAAAUUGAGCAAAGUUUUGUGGAACUCAAAAAGAUCUUACCUGGAGGACCUAGCUACCUGCAGGAGGGACUUAAGCGGGCAAAUGAGCAGAUUGAGGAGCAGAUCCAGGGAGGUAAGAUGGUUUCCAGCAUGAUAAUUGCCUUUACACAUGGAACCUUAGAGCCAGGACCAUACGAGGAAACCAAGUAUGAAGCACAAAGGGCUCGGUUCAUGGGGGCAACUGUUUAUGGCGUGGGUGUCAAAGACUACGACCAAUCACAGCUGGAAGGCUUUGCAGACACAAAGGACCACGCGCUUGGAGUGACUGGAGGAUUCAGUGCCCUGCAAGGCAUCACUGACCGGCUUGCAGAAAAGAGCUGCAUUUCUCUUACAUCUUUGGAGCCUUCCACUGCUUGUGUAGGAGGAGAAUAUGCAGUGAUGGUGCGAGGAAGCGGCCUUCAGAACACCCAGAACAAAAAAUCUGUUAUCUGUAGGUUUAAGUUUAGUGAUGGCACCUCUUCAGAUGAAACAGCAAUCUCUGUGGAAGAGAAAGCCAUAGUUUGCCCUGGAGUUGAACUGGAGGAAGCUGGAGAGGAAAUCUUUGUUGAAAUCAGCCUGAACAAAGGCCAAACCUUCUUUGCCAAUAACCUCAAAUUCACCAGCCAACUCUGUGGAAAGAACCAGAGUCCUGCCCCCGUCCGCAGCACCAGAAGACUCCGUAGCACCAGAGCACCCCCUACCACCAAGACCUCACCAAAGACCCCCGCAACAGACCCACUCGAGCCUUACCCUGAAACGACCAUGGCGACGACUACCACCAUGGCUCCCAUGGUGAUUGUGACCAAAUUGUCCAACAAAUACACCCAGAUUUACUUGGUCGCCGCCAUGGUCAUGCUGUUGGCCGUGCUGCUGAUGCUGUUCAUCACCUGUUACGAGUCCAGACUGAUCAGGUUCCCAUCCUGCCUGCAGAUGCUGAGGCUCAAAAAGCCACCACCACCACCACCACCACCGCCUAAGGAGAAAGUGUGCGGGCCGCAGUGUCCCAUCAUGAUUUUCCCUUGCUGUGGAUGCUCCAGAAAUAGCUGCUCAAGGCACACGGAGGGCGAGCAGGACCGCCUGUGGUUUCUUAUUAAUCAAGAUUGUGAACCAGUGCAAACGAUGAAGCCCUCGUCCGAGAUGGGGAGGUGCCUCUCCACUCCAGCAGAGAUCCCAGGCAUGCCGAUGGUCUGUCCUUCCCCAUCUGCCCACAGUGUUGCCGCUCUCUGCCCUCCUACUCCCAGCCCUCCAGGAUGCUGCCACUCAUCCCUCCCAGCUCCCUGGCACUCCCUGCUUGCCCUACCCCCAAAGCCCAAAAGCUGAAGUGCCAAGCAGUUAAGAUGGUUAAGCUUGCUGAGCUGGACCCACAGUUUACAGUCAAUGGUGCUGGCAUUUAUGCUGAUUAUUAAAAGAGUUCAUUAGCUGGUGA